CUCGAGCUCCUCCAGUCGAGCACACCGGCGACAAGGACCCAGCCUCCAGCCGUUCCUUAGCGUGAUGAUGGUCCCGUGGGGCGGAGUCGGGUGCUGCCUCAGCGCCGCGGCGUUGUACCUCCUCGGGAGGAGCAGCGGGAGGGAUGCGGAGGUGCUGCGAUCGGUGACGAGGACUGGCAGCCUGAAGGAUUUGGCUGCUAUCUUGGACACUGCAAGUAAAGUCCUGCCACUUGUAGUGGCAGUUUCUGGGCGGGUCAGUUCAGAUACACCACUUAUCUGUCAACAAAGUGGUAUGAGAGGUGUAAUAGUCGAGGAAAUGGCAGAGCAACACUUCCUGAAGCACAAUGAUGCUGGAUCCUGGAUUCAAGAUUCAGCCGUGAUGCUUUCUGUUAGCAAAGAGGUUCCAUGGUACCUGGAUGAUGGUACUGGGCGAGUCUAUGUUGUUGGUGCUCGUGCUGCUGCUGGGUUAGUUUUAACUAUCGCCAGCGAGGUGUUUGAGGAGUCAGGGCGAACACUUGUACGUGGAACUCUAGAUUAUUUGCAAGGACUAAAGAUGCUGGGAGUAAAGCGAACUGAAAGGGUUCUUCCAACUGGAACUUCAUUGACUGUUGUUGGUGAGGCCAUCAAAGAUGAUGUUGGAACUAUUCGAAUUCAGCGACCACACAAAGGACCAUUUUAUGCAUCUCCAAAAAGCAUCGAUCAACUUAUCUUGAAUCUCGGGAAAUGGGCCAAGUUAUACCAGCUUGCUUCUAUGGGCUUUGCAGCUUUUGGUGUUUUUCUUCUUGCCAAGCGUGCACUGCAACAUUUUCUACAAAAAAAGCGUCAGCAUGAAUUAAACAAGAGGGUUCGUGCUGCUGCAGCUCAAAGGCAGGCUAGGGAAGCUGAAGGGGCCGAUGGUACAUCGAACGGAGAUCCUAACAGUAAAAAAGAUCAAUUGGUCUUGGAAAUAUGUGUCAUAUGCCUUGAACAGGAGUAUAAUGCAGUUUUUGUGCCGUGUGGCCACAUGUGUUGCUGUAUGAACUGCUCUUCUCAUGUAACAAACUGCCCACUCUGCCGGAGAAGAAUCGACCAAGCUGUCAGAACAUUCCGUCACUGAUAGAUGCAAAAUCUGUCGCUUCAUAACACCAUGUUGAACCGCAUCUUCCGAAACCACCACUGGAUUGGUCAAAGUGCGGGUCGCCUUGACUGUCAGCCUGUCAAUAUCUCAAGUGCGACACUGAGCUGAAGCUUGUUCAGGCAGUUUUUGCUUCACUGACAGAACACCAAGUCACCAAGGAAUGGAACCUCCAUGGUUUACAAUCAUGUGCAGAAUGUUCUUGUGUAAAAGCGCCAUAUUGUUUCACGUCGUGUACUUUACAAUCGUGUGUACAGUUGACACUGCCUGUUGACACGGGUGUUAAUUGCUGGCGGUGCUCCCAUGGAUUAUACCCAAAGUAUUGCCAAUUAGUUUCACACUCUAAAGGAUACUUUUAUCUUGUGUAUGUGACGCCAGUUUGACGGCUCUUGUGUGCUCACUUAUUUUGUGUGAUCGUAAUAAUUUAACAUGUCAGUAUUUCCGUAA